CGCCGAGCGCUGGAAGCCCCGGGCUGUGUGUCGUCGCCGCACUUUCUCGGCGGUUUGUGGGGCUCCCGUUAUGGCGGCGGAGGGGGCGAGCGUGCCUGCAGCGCCUGUUUCGGGCGCCAGCGGCAACGCUGAAUCGCCCGAAGUGGACGGAGAGGGGACAGGAGCCAGGGGCGAAGAGAAGGACGCAGCCGCGAAGGCGGCGGAGGCCGUUGGCGACAGCGAGGAGGACGGCGAGGAUGUGUUCGAGGUGGAGAAGAUCCUGGACAUGAAGACCGAUGCGCAUGGUAAAAUCCUUUACAAAGUUCGAUGGAAAGGAUACUCAGCAGACGAUGACACCUGGGAACCCGAGGUUCAUCUGGAGGACUGCAAAGAAGUUCUUCUCGAGUUUAGGAACAAAAUGACAGAAAACAAAGCUAAGCCAGUCAAGAAAGAUAUUCAGAGAUUAUCCUUAAACAAUGACAUAUUUGAGGCAAAUUCUGAUAGUGAUCAGCAAAGUGAGACAAAAGAAGAUGCAUCCCCAAAGAAGAAAAAGAAAAAAUUAAGGUAUAGAGAAGAGAAAAGUCCAGAUGAUCUGAAAAAGAAAAAAGCAAAGACUGGGAAACUAAAAGAUAAAUCCAAAGCAGAACUGGAGAGCUCCUUUGAAAAUUUAGCUUUUGAUUUAAGAACAAAGAAAAGAAUUCUGGAAGCCAAAGAAGAAUUAAAGGAACCCAAAAAACCCAAAAAAGAUGAAAUGAAAGAAACUAGGGAAUUAAAGAAAGUUAAAAGGGGGGAAAUAAGAGAUUUAAAGACUAAAAUGAGGGAAGAUUCCAAAGAAAACAGAAAAACAAAAAAAGAGAAAUGUGUGGAUUCUCAGUUGGAAUCUGAAUCAAGUGUACUUAAUGACUCCCCCUUUCAAGAAGAUGACAAUGAAGAUUUAUAUUCUGACAAUGGAGAAGAGAAACUUAAGAUUAAAAGUGUGAGGGAAAAAGCAGGGCAAGAUGUCUUACAAGCUACUGCUGUUGAUAAACAAAUUGAAAGCUCCUUGAGUGCUGAUGAGGAUAGUGAUGUCAAAGCAAAGAGAAAAAAAAAGAAACUGAGAAAGACUGAGGAAUUUAAAGAGAGCAAGAUGCCAGAAAACAAGAAUCUUUUCUUAGAUAAGAAAAAUAUACAUAAAAAGCAAAGGAACCAAGACAAAGGCAAAAGUACUGCAGAGUUAGAUAAGCCACCUUCUGCAUCUGCCCAAACACCCAGGAGUUCAAGAGUGGCUGUGGGGGAGAGAGGCACAGGGUCCACUGACUCCGCUGGGGAGGAGAAAGAGACCAAAAAACAUGAACCCAAAGAAAAAUACCAGAAAAGGCUUGAUUUCAACAAGGAAGAAAAAGGCCGUAAAGAACAAAAGGGAUUAAAGACAUUGAAAGAAAUUAGAAAUGCGUUCGAUUUAUUUAAAUUAACUCCAGAAGAAAAAACUGAUUUUCCUGAGACUAAUCGGAAAAGAGAAGAAACACCUCUAGACUGUAAGGUGACAGAAGAUCAAAAAACGAAGGAAAACAAGCAGUCACUUAAAGAAAGGAAAAAUAUAAGAGAAGAAACUGAUACCUGGGCAUAUAUAGCUGCAGAAGGGGAUCAAGAGGUUCUAGACAGUGUAUGCCAAGUGGAUGAAAAUUCUGACAAAUGUACCCUAAGACUCUUUGUUUCAGAUGGCAAGCAACAGAUUUUGAGUUUGGGCAUGGACUUGCAGCUGGAAUGGAUGAAAUUGGAAGAUUUUCAAAAGCAUCUUGAUGGUGAAGAUGAAAAUUUUACUCCAGCAGAUGCAAUUCCAAAUUUACUAAGGGAUGCUGUGAAAAAUGGGGAUUAUAUUACUGUGAAAGUUGCACUUAAUUCAAAUGAAGACUAUAACCUGGAUCAAGAGGACUCCAGUGGGAUGACUCUGGUGAUGCUUGCUGCAGCGGGAGGCCAGGAUGAUCUGCUCAGGCUCCUGCUCAGGAAAGGCGCAAAGGUCAACAGGAGGCAGAAGAAUGGGACCACAGCCCUGAUUCAUGCAGCUGAGAAGAACUUUUUAACUACAGUGGCUAUUCUUUUGGAAGCCGGAGCUUUCGUAAAUGUCCAGCAGAGCAAUGGUGAGACAGCUCUGAUGAAGGCCUGUAAAAGGGGAAAUUCAGACAUUGUACGACUAGUAAUUGAAUGUGGAGCUGACUGCAAUAUUUUGUCAAAGCACCAAAAUAGCGCACUGCAUUUUGCAAAACAGUGCAAUAAUGUGUUGGUGUAUGACUUGCUGAAGAGUCAUUUAGAAACACUUUCAAGAGUGGCAGAAGAAACAAUAAGGGAUUACUUUGAAGCACGUCUUGCUCUACUAGAACCAGUUUUUCCAAUAGCAUGUCAUCGUCUUUGUGAGGGGCCAGAUUUUUCAACAGAUUUCAAUUACAAACCCCCACAGAACAUACCAGAUGGCUCUGGGAUCCUGCUGUUUAUUUUUCAUGCAAACUUUUUGGGUAAAGAAGUUAUUGCUAGACUCUGUGGACCGUGUAGUGUACAAGCCGUAGUUUUAAAUGAUAAAUUCCAACUUCCUGUUUUUCUGGACAGUCAUUUUGUGUACUCGUUCAGCCCUGCUGCAGGCAUCAAUAAACUCUUUAUAAGGUUGACAGAGGCACCCUCUGCUAAGGUCAAGUUGCUGAUAGGUGCAUACAGAGUGCAGCUGCAAUAACCUAGCAGAAAGGAUUGGGAUGGAGUUUUUUUUUUUUAAGAUGUAUUGCUAAAUACUCCUUGAAACAGUUUGGAAUCCAACACAGCUCCCACGUUCAGAUUUAAAGUUUCAUCUGUAAAUCUCUUGCAGUUUGAGGCCUGCUAUCUAUUGUCAUCUGUAAGAUGGGACACGGUAGUUCUAAUAUAUUAUGAAAUAUAUACAUGUGUGUCGGUAUUCUGAAAUCUCAGUGUUGUGUCCAGACUGCAUAUAUCAGUUUUUCCACAAUGUGGAAUGGUACAUAUGAGAAUAUUUAAGGAAAUUAAGAGUUUGUUUUUUCUAACUUCAAGUUUUCUAUAAAUCCUGGUGUUUAUUUCUGUGUUUUAAAGCAAAACAAAACAGUUAAUGCUUUUAUUUGCUUUUGCAAGGGAAGCAUGUUACAUUGAAGUUGCCCAAGCACUAAAGUGUGGGUUUGAUGCCACCACUGAACACUAUGGUUAUGUAGGUUCAAGGGCUGUGGGGAGAACUCUUUGGAUGGGGGUGAGUCUCUGAUCUGAUUUUAAUGUACAACUCCCACCCUUCCUGAGUUGGAAGUGGCAACUUUGUAUGUUUGCAGUUAUCCUUUAUUUGGAAGGGCAACAAGAUUAUAAAAUCAGAAUCUAGAAUACAGCAAAAACUGUAAACCAGGACAUUGUUAGACUUACAGAGAGAUUAUUACGUGUGAAUUCCUGUCCUUGUUCAUAAAACCCAUCAAGUAAUUUUGAACAGCCAACUCCUGUGCCCUUUUUACACUGGGCAGGCCAGCCUUUCUGUCCCAGCGAAGCAUUUCUACACUGUGCCUCUUGUAAAGCUAGUAAUUCUGUAGAUUCCUCACAGCACUAACUUUAUUUUUUCUUGAAGGAAAUUUAUUGUUAAAUUUAAAUGUAAAUUUAACAUAAACUUAUAUUGUUUUGAGUAUUCAUUAUUGAGAAUAAACUGUAAAUAUUAAGUUCAUCGCUAAACGUUCAAGUCUGUCCUUCACCAUACCAUUUUCUCUUCCUGAUUUACCUACCUCCUUCCCACACCCUUCUGAUUACCA